AUGAAGCUCAUACUCUUACACUCCAUGCUCGCCGGCGUCCGCGCCGCGUGGCCCAUGACAGGAUGGCAAGCCUACCGCGACUACGACAUGCACGUCCUGCGGCCCGGCGAGGAGACGCACGAGUUCUCGUCGUACGACCGCGCCAACCACAACGACGACGGCUUCAACGGGACGUACUCGUGCCUGCGCCUCACGCAACCCGACUCACGCUGCGUCAUCGCCGAGUACGCCGGCAAGGGCGGCGGCGGCGGCGGCGGCGGCGAGAUCGCAUCCAUCUGGUUCACGUACGCGCCCGACAGCGUUACACCCAUCGGCGACAUCUCCAUCACGCUCGACGGGCGGGAGGUGCUCCGCGCGGGGCUGCAGGACGUGGUGGACGGCAAGCUGGGCGCGCCGUUUGCGUGGCCGCUCGUGGGCAACACCAACGACACCAUGGGCGGCAACGUCAUCAAGGUGCCCAUGGCGUUUCGCGAGUCGAUGCUCGUCACGACAGAGAACAACCCGCAUUUCUACCAUGUCGUGUAUCGCAGGUUUCCGGCGGGGGUGGCGCCGGAGAAGGCGUUUGACCCGGAGGAGAAGGCGGAGGAUGUGGUUGCGCAGUUGAGGGGGUUUGGGGUGCGCGAUCCGAAGGCCGUGAAGGGCGGUGCGCUGAAUGGGAGGAAGGGGAGGCGUGUAAAGGGGAAGGUAGCUGGAGCUUCGGGCUCGGUCGCGCUGGGGAAGGGGUGCGGCGUGGUUACGCAGCUGGCGCUUCGUCUGCCGUCGGUGCCGGCGACGAGUUAUGUGCAGGAUGACGGGCGGGCUUUUGGGCCAGGUGGGAGAAGCGCGUUCCAACUCGCCCUGGAUCCGAACAACAAGCGCUGUCGCCUUACGCGGCGCAUCGACCGCAGCAUCGGGAAUCAAAAGGUCAAGGUGACGGUGGAGGGGGCCGAGAUCACAGCAGACAGCGGUGCGGUCGCCAACGGCACCUGGAUGGACCAGACGGUCGACAUUCCCGCGGCGGCGACCAAGGGCAAGAGAAAGGUCCAAGUCUCGGUGGAAUGCGUCUCGUCGGACCUCGACUGCAACGAGUUCUUUUAUGCGCUGCACUGCCAGGCGGACGGAGCGUGGGCGAACCCGGGGUAUGUGCCGAGCGACGACUGGGUGCUCAUGGAUGUGCUCAACGUGGGAUGGAACAAUGCCAACGAUGAGCUUGCUCAUGGCUAUAAAAUCGAGGGCCAGACGUGGGAGGGCUUGCGGCAGUACAUGUACGACGACGAGGAACACACCGACGCCGCCACGCCCGACAUCCGCCUUUCACUCACGUUUGACGGCAAUGAGACGGUCUCGCAGGUCCCGCUGGGGGCGUUUUUCGGCGCGAGCCUCGCCAAGGGACUGACGCGGUCGCUGCUCCUCUCGGUCAACUCGCUGCUCCCCAACGGCGCGUGGACGUCGUACUUCCCCAUGCCCUUCUCCGACAGCGCGUCGCUCACCCUCAUGCGCGGAGACGGGUCGUCCCCCCUCAACGCCACCGUCGACGCCAUCGUGCAACCGUGCGCCGGCGCCUCCCCCGCCCCCCCCUCCUCCGCGUGGGGCCGCUUCUCCGUGCAGCACCGCCGCGGCCCCACCACGCCGGGCUCCCUCUGGCCGAUCCUGUACGCCCCCGGGCGCGGCAUCUCGUACGGCCUGACGCACACGUUCCGCGGCUCGAUCCUGCAGCCCGCCAACACGCUCGAGUUCCUCGAGGGCGACGAGCAGGCGUGGCUGAACCGCACGUCGCCGGGCGGGUUCAACGACACGACGGCGAGCCUGCGCGGGACGGGCACCGAGGACUUUUACGAGAGCGGCUGGUACUUCCAGGACGCGACGGCCGAGGGCCAGCCCGUGACGGUGGCGUAUGGGAUGCCGUUGACGGGCCUGACGACGGCGGCGUAUGGGGCGGAGGGGAUGGGCUGCGUGGGGUCGUGCCUGGGGGCGCAUCGGCUUAUGGUGGCGGACUCGAUGGCGUUUGGGGAGGGGAUUGCGUUUGGGAUCGAGCAUGGGCCGGAUGGGAAUGAUGUGCAGGCUGAGUAUGAGACGUGUGCGUUUUACUAUGCGUAG